CCACGUCAGGGUUCCAGGGCUGCGCGGCAGCAGGUUUUGCAGCCAUUGUCUAUGGGGCUGGGGCCGAGACCAAAUUAGGAAAGAAGCCUGGGUUUCGGAAUGGAGCCAGAACGGGAAGGUCGGAGAAGCGAGAGCAGAAAGGCGGUACGGAUCAGUUAUGGCCCUCAGAAGCCUCCGUAGCCCCCCAUCUCCCCAAGCUUUUGGGCUCCUGCAGUCACCUGGUGCUCAGCCCACCCGGAAGCAGGUUCGCCCCGCCCCACGUGGGCCCCGCCUCUGGGCAGUACCACCCGGACUAUCUUCCCUCGACUAUCCUCGGUUCCCGGAGCGCGUUCCCCAUGGCCCCUUACGAGGAGGUGAGUGUGUCCGGCUUCGAGGACUUCACCCGGGCUGUGGAGCAGCACAAAGGCAAGACCAUUUUCGCCUACUUUACCGGUUCUAAGGACGCCGAAGGGAAAAGCUGGUGCCCCGACUGCGUGCUGGCUGAACCAGUCGUACGAGAAGGGCUGAAGCAUAUUAGUGAAGAAUGUGUGUUCAUCUACUGCCAAGUAGGAGAAAAACCUUAUUGGAAAGAUCCAAAUAAUGACUUCAAAACAAACUUGAAAAUAACUGCAGUGCCUACACUCCUUAAAUAUGGAACACCUCAAAAACUGGUAGAAUCUGAAUGUCUUCAGGCCAACCUCGUGGAGAUGUUGUUCACUGAAGAUUAAGAUUUGAUUAUGACAGUUGUGUCUUGAUUUCCUGAUUUAUUCUAGUAUAAAAGAAAUUGCAUGCUUGCUUUGAAUUCAUGUUAGGCAUAAAUAAAUGAUGAUUUUAAAAAAUG